AUGGAGUACCCUCAAGAAAGCUUCGUCGCAACAACCUUCAUCCCAGGAUCCUUCUGGGAGCGGCGGCGGGAGGUAGUUCGCACUCAAACACUGCGGCAUCAAUUACAGAUGCUCAGGCGCACUGGAAGAUAUGAUGCUUUCAAGUUACAAUGGCACCCGAGCUACUCCGAUCCUCCUACGAUGUGGCCGGUUCCUAACCACCAAUUCUGGGACUCCGAUAUCGGAAAAUGGAUUGAAGGUGCUUGUUACUUGUUGACGGAUCAUUAUGAUGAAGAUAUCGACGCUGCCGUCAAGGAGCUCGUGCAAAUGAUUCAGAACGCCCAGCAUCCUGAUGGGUAUCUGAACAUCCACUACUCGGUGGUUGAGCCGGGUAAGCGUUUUACGAAUCUGAGAGAUAUGCAUGAGCUAUACAAUGCUGGCCAUCUGAUCGAAGGGGCACUUGCCCACCAUCUUUAUUAUAAGAAUGAUGAAAUGCUCUCUCCCAUACUGAAAUAUGUAGACCUUCUGGCAGCGACCUUUGGCGACCAAGAGACUCAGAUUCCAGGCUAUCCCGGCCAUCCGGAGAUAGAACUAGCACUCUUGCGCUUAUACAGGGUCACGGGCAGCGAAAAACAUCUCAAGCUUGCCCAAUUCUUCAUCGAAGAAAGAGGCAACCCCACAGGAGGCAAAGAGAAACGGCAUUAUUACGAUAUUGAAUCUGAUGCAAGAGGUGAGAACGCGCGUACGUUGCCCGUGUAUUUCCCUGCUGCGAGGAGUUAUUGGUAUCAGCAGGCUCAUGUGCCAAUUGCCAAGCAAGAAACAAUUGAAGGGCAUUCCGUUCGAGCUAUGUACCUUCUCACGGCAGUUGCAGACUUAGUUCGGAUCUCAGAUCCUAAUAGCAAUAUCCGAACAACCUACUCGCCCGUUGUGAACCGGCUUUGGUCCAACAUGGUAGAGAAAAGGUCUUACGUCACUGGUGGUAUUGGUGCCAUGAAACAGUGGGAAGGAUUUGGGAUCGAUUAUUUCCUACCCCAGGGAACGGAUGAAGGGGGCUGCUACGCGGAGACUUGUGCCGCAAUUGGCGUAAUGAUGCUAGCAGAGCGGCAGCUGCAGAUCGAACUGGACAGUAAUUAUGCUGAUGUCAUGGAGCUUUGUCUCUACAAUGCUGUAUUGACUAGCAUGAGUUUGGAUGGUAAGGCAUUCACAUAUGUGAAUCAACUGGCCUCCUCAGACAAAGAUCUCUCCCAGCGACACGAGUGGUUUGAGUGCGCUUGCUGUCCGCCCAAUAUCACACGCACCCUGGGAUAUUUGGGCGGAUAUGUCUGGAGUCAUAGUGUCACUGGGCAGCAGGCCAUUAUCAACGUGCACCUAUACACAGCGGCCACUCUGCGUCUCCAGGUCUCGGAAUCAGUGGUUGAAAUCACCCAAAAGACCGACUGGCCUUGGAACGGAGAUGUAGAUUUUAGCAUCCAUACUGAGGGAGCUCUUGUUGAUCUCCAGCUGCGAUUGAGGAUCCCCGGGUGGGCGAAAUCCUGGCAGGUGACUCCAAGCUCUGAACAUCUAGAUAUUCGCAAAGGAUAUCUUUACCUUGGCUCUGAAUGGCUGCAGCAACAUUCGCAAUUCCGACUUUCAUGUCCGAUGCAGCCACGUGUGGUCAAGCCCCAUCCACUAACAAUGCAACCUGUGGCAUACGUCACGCGCGGGCCGAUUGUGUACUGUGUGGAGGAUGCUGACCACCCAUGGGAACAAAAUCACUUCAAGAUGACCGUGUUCGAUCCUAAGGUUCCUCUCCGCGAAGAGGGUCGGUCUCAACCUGAUCAGUACAUAGCCAUCAUCGCCGAGAAAGGUGCUAAGGGCGAGCUGGACACAUCGCCUUGGGACGGGCAGAUCAUAGCCGAGGAUAAAAACAUUGCCGGGGAGAGCAAGGACUUGCACUUUGUGCCAUAUUAUUUGCGAUCAAAUCGAGGUGGACAGGGGCAAAUGAGGGUUGGGCUCCGUGUUGAGUAG